CGAUUUGUAUUGAGUUCACAUGUGCCGUUUUGGCAAAUUCGUUGAGUCCGCUUCCUAAGCCAGAGUUGCGCAUUAUAGGAAGCAGAGCCAACUAGAAGAAUUUGAACUUUGUAUUAGCUGUACUAAAAAAGUAAAAUGAAAAGAAAGCUGUGUUCAGAACUUGCUACGCUCAUUUCACCUAUGCAAUGGAAAAUGUGUUGAAGCACCCAAUACUAUUUACUGAAAUCCUCCGUGCAUCUCCUGAGCACAUCUUAAUUGGGCUCAUUGUGUGACCGUUGUGCAAUACCUCGUUGAAGAGAGAAAAAAAAAAAAAACCUCUGCCUUCCUGGAACUUAGGGUACGCUUGGAGGAGGCAAAGUAAAUAUGCUUGAGAAGACAAAGCAGACAAUUGGCGUGGCAGAUGUAGUAAAAUUAGAUGUGGGGAGGUGAAUUUUGAGGAGAGACUUGAAGGGGAAGAGCCAGUGAACCUGGGAGGCACACAGAUGAUGCUCCUGAGCCUGGACACAGCUGCUGGACAAGCCAGAGGCACUGCCAUGUUUUCAGAGCAGGCAGCACAGCGGGCGCACACUCUGCUCUCCCCACCAUCGGCCAGCAAUGCCACCUUUGCCCGGGUGCCUGUGGCAACUUACACCAACUCCUCACAGCCCUUUCGAUUGGGAGAGCGCAGCUUUAGCCGUCAGUAUGCCCACAUUUAUGCCACCCGCCUCGUCCAGAUGAGACCCUUCCUGGUGACCCGGGCCCAGCAGCACUGGGGCAGUGGAGUCACAGUGAAGAAGUUGUGUGAGCUGCAGCCUGGGGAGCAGUGCUGUGUGGUGGGCACGCUCUUCAAAGCCAUGCCGCUCCAGCCCUCCAUCCUGCGGGAGAUAAGCGAGGAGCACAACCUGAUCCCCCAGCCUCCUCGGAGCAAAUACAUCCACCCAGACGAUGAGCUGGUCUUAGAAGAUGAACUGCAGCGCAUCAAACUGAAAGGCACCAUCGAUGUGUCCAAGUUGGUCACAGGAACGGUCUUGGCAGUGUUUGGCUCCGUGAGAGACGAUGGCAGGUUUCAGGUUGAGGACCACUGCUUUGCUGACCUGGCUCCACAGAAGCCUGUGCCCCCUCUUGACACAGACAGGUUUGUGCUGCUGGUGUCCGGGUUGGGCCUGGGCGGAGGUGGCGGAGAGAGCCUCCUGGGCACCCAGCUGCUGGUGGACGUAGUGACAGGACAGCUCGGGGACGAAGGGGAACAGUGCAGCGCUGCGCAUGUCUCUAGAGUCAUCCUUGCCGGCAACCUCCUCAGUCACAAUACCCAGAGCAGAGAUUCCAUCAACAAGGCCAAGUACCUCACCAAGAAAACCCAGGCAGCCAGCGUGGAGGCAGUGAAAAUGCUGGAUGAGAUCCUACUGCAGCUGAGCGCCUCGGUACCUGUGGAUGUGAUGCCAGGCGAAUUCGAUCCGACCAACUAUACACUCCCGCAGCAGCCCCUGCACCCCUGCAUGUUCCCACUGGCCACGGCCUAUUCCACACUGCAGCUGGUCACCAACCCGUAUCAAGCCACCAUCGAUGGAGUAAGGUUCCUGGGGACGUCUGGACAGAAUGUGAGUGAUAUCUUCCGAUACAGCAGCAUGGAAGACCACUUAGAGAUCCUAGAGUGGACCCUGCGGGUCCGUCACCUCAGCCCCACAGCUCCGGACACCCUAGGGUGUUACCCCUUCUACAAAAGUGACCCGUUCAUCUUUCCGGAGUGCCCCCAUGUCUACUUCUGUGGCAACACCCCCAGCUUUGGCUCCAAAAUCGUCCGAGGUCCUGAGGACCAGGUGGUGCUGUUGGUGGCCGUUCCUGACUUUAGUUCUACACAGACUGCCUGUCUGGUAAACCUACGCAGCCUGGCCUGCCAGCCUAUCAGCUUUGCAGGCUUUGGAGCAGAACAUGAUGACCUGGGAGACCUGGGGCUGGGUCCCUGAGGCAGCCGGGCCAUUCACCCUUGCCACGUGAGCCCUGUAAAUAAAACACAAUUGUUUUUACAGA